AUGUCCGUACAGCUGCUCGCGAGCCUGCUGUCCGAAAUGAGCGACUCUCCGCCGUUUCCUUCCUCCCCGUUGCCAUCCCCCCGCUCGCCUUCCGCCGCCGCUCUCCAUUCGCUACAUCCCGUCGCAUCGCCGCGGCGCGCUGUCCUCCCCCCAGAACGAGCACAACAUGCGAAAUGCGCGGCCCGGUGCGAGGAUGGGAAUAUAGCGCCUGAUGCAGCAGUAGCAUCUUCGGAAGUCCCCGCGGCGAUGCGCAUGGGCGCAAGCCGCAUUGAAGUUGCGCCCGCGGGUGCGCGCCUGCGUGGGGCGGACGCUCGCGAUUAUCCGCUUGCGCGCGCAUUGGCGGAACUGGAAGCACAGGACCGCGCGCGGGAAAUGGCGACCAGAGGGACACGGCGCGCCGAACGUGCGGAACGUGCGCGCACGGACGACCUGGAGGCGCGAGAGGUCAGAACGACGGGAUCAGACUCUAGUGCACAGAAUAUGUCGGUAACGUCUGCAGAAGCACGCCAUCGCGCCGAAGCGCGUGGCGGCGGCGGAAUAGAAGACAUCAUAGCGCAUCUUCCGCGCUCCAGCUCCGCGUCUCUCGCCCACGAAACACAGGAGAUUGCGCGGGUAAUCGAAUCUCGGCGGGGCGAAAGCGAUGGAUGCGCGUUUCCCCGCCGAAACGGGAGUCUGGUAGGCAGAGGCGCACACGCAAGGCAGCAGGCGGACGGCGGGAGUGGCAGCAGCAGCAGCAGCAGCGUGGACUGCAGCGCGUCGCGUUUCAGCGCGUUCGUCGCGAGUCGAGAGGACAUGGUGCGCGCCCUCACCGCUCAUCUGCGCCGCCCCUCCGCGGAACCCGCCUCCCCUCGUAAGGCCAGCACCCACGGCGCUUUUACCGAGCCUGGCCCCUCCGAACCUGGUCCAUCCGAGUCUGCUAUUUCGGAGCCUGUUGUUCAUGCACGCAGCAUGACUGCGAGCGGCGGUCGUUCCGCCAUUCGCCCGCGGACGAGUGGCGGCGAGCGCAGCGAGAGGGCCAUCGCUAGCGGAGAAGGGUGGGACGGAGGGGCGCAGGGGCGGAGCAGGGCGGAGCACGUGCGACGGCGGUUGAUGGGGAGCCCAGGAGAGCAGGGGGGCGCGGUAGGACGGAGAGAAACCGCGGGCGGAGUGGGGAUGGUAAUGCAGGGAGGGGGUAGCAUGGGGCAGUGGAGUGAUUUUGGGGUGGGGAAUUCAGGUGCUGUGGUUGGCGCAGUGGGCGGCGGGGCAGGAGGCGCAGAGGCUGGGGGGGUGGUAAGGGGGGACGGAAGCAGUGGCAUGGCGGAGAGGUGGCAGGCGGGGCGGGUGGGAUCAGCGCAGCAGAGCAUGGGUCCCCCAGCGCCCAGAGUGGCAGGCGGAUGGAGGGGCGCUGCUGUCUUGCGCGCUCCACCCACUGCUGUCGCUGCUGCAGCUGCUGCUGGCCUCGCUGGUAGUGCUUCUAGCCUCUCUGGCAGUGCUGCUGCUGUCGCUGCUGGCAGUGGUGUUGCAGGUGCCACAGCGACUGCAGGUGGACUGAGUCCCACUGGCUGGCCCACGCACGCUGCUCUUCCUCCCCCCAUGCCCCGCCUCCCCCACAUGCCCCUUUUCCCUCACUCUGCCUCCAUGCCUCUCCCUCCCCCACCCCACUCCGCCCCCUCGCCCCUCCUCCCUCACUCUGCUCCCAUACCUCUCACCCCCCACUCCCCACCCCGAUUCAACCCCCACACGCAACCCAUCCCUCUGCGGCCCCACACUGCGCCCGCAACAGCGUUCCCCCACUCCCCCUCCGCGCCUCGCCUUCCCCAUGCCCCGGGCACGCCUAACACCCCCUCCGCCACAACCCUGCCAGGGCAGCCCCCAGCUCCCACUACCCCGCUUGCUUCCACCGUCAACACGCUUGUCCCUCACAUGAACCCAUUCUUGCCGCCCCACCAGGGGGCUUGGCAUGUGGGGGCAGCAGCGGCAGAGGGGACGGCAGGCGGAGCAUCAGCAGGUGCAGCAGCAGCGGCAUCAGUGGCAGGCAGCAUGGGAUUGGAGGAGGAGUUAAUGUGGUGCGAGUUUGACGCCCUGCUCAUGGGUGCACCCACCCCCAUGCACACGCACCGUACGGCCGUGAACCCCAUGGGUGCUCAUUCCACGGAACCUCAUCCCAUGGGAGUGUCAAGGAGCAGUGACAUCAUGCAUGUGGGUGCCAUGCCCCCCGUGCAAGCACACCUCCCUCUUGCCGCCCAUGGCACAGGCGGUCGCCCACUUGCCGAGUUGCACACAGCGCCCGUGCCAAGUGGGUCUGGGGGGUCUGUAGAGGGAGAGGCAGGGACAGGGGCGGAGGUGGGGGCGGAGGCGGAGGGAGGGAUAGAGAGAGGAGACAUGUCAGGAAUGGAAGUUCUAGGAGAGGGGGGAGGAGGGGCGGGAGGCUCGGGUUCGUCUGGUGGGCGCGGCAAGAACAAGAGCGUGGUGGAGAAAGAGCGGAGAGAGCGAAUCAGUCAGGAGCUGCAGAGGCUACGGCAAACAGUGAGGGGGCGGGGCGACAUGGCAGCGAUGCUGGAUGGGGCGGUGGCGUAUGUGGAGCAGCUCAAGGCACAGCACCGGGAGCUCGAGGCCACUCUGCUGCAGCACCAGCUCACUUGCACCUGCCCCCAGUGCCACCAGCUGGGGCAGCCAUGA